UGUGCUUAUCACAUAAUGGUGGGCAACAUUGUACUUAUUGCUACUUUUGGUGAUGGUCUUCGAAGGGAAUUACCGUCAUGCCUUCCCAUACUUGUUGAUAGGACGGACAAUGAAAUAACACGACUCACAGCUGUCAAGGCAUUUGCGGUGAUUGUGAAUUCACCUCUUCGGAUUGAUCUGUCAUGCGUCCUGGACCAUGUCAUUUCUGAGCUCACAGCUUUCCUUCGAAAGGCCAACAGAGCACUCAGGCAGGCAACAUUGGGGACCCUAAAUUCUCUGGUUGUCACAUAUGGUGGUCAAAUUGGCUCAUCCUCUUAUGAAACGAUAAUAGCUGAACUUUCUACUCUCAUAAGUGACAUCGAUUUGCAUAUGGCUGCUCUUGCAUUGGGGCUGUGUUGCACAAUAAUGGUUGACAGAAGAUCCAUUAAAAAUGUCGGUUUAGCUACGAGACAUGAAGUUUUGCCUCAGGCCCUUAUUUUGAUCAGGAGUGCUUUGUUGCAAGCACAAGCACUACAUGCGCUACAGAAGUUUUUUGCUUCACUGGUCCAGUCUGCAAAUACAAGCUUUGAAACAUUGUUGGACUCCCUUAUUUCAACUGCCAAGCCAUCACAGUCAGGCGGUCUUUCCAAGAAGGCAGUAUCCUCUAUUGCACAGUGUGUUGCUGUGCUAUGCUUAGCAUCUGGUGAUCAGAAAUGUGCAUCAACUAUUGGAAUGCUUAAAGGCAUUCUAAAUGAUGAGAGUUCAACUAAUUCUGUAAGCUUAAAAAAAUCAUUCGUGGGCAUCGUCUAUCUAGAGUUGAUGAUGGAGAUUUCAUUCGUGAUGAGCCAAUAG